AUGUUCAACAGUAGCGCCAAUGUAUAUCAUGGAAGUGUAACAUGCACCAUAAAGGGAAUUAUUUGUCAGAGGUGGGAUAGCAAUUAUCCUCAUACCCCUAGCGUAUAUUCUGGAAGAAGUGAUCUUGGAAACAGAUGUAAACUAGCAACCGGGGCCCGCCCCUGGUGUUAUACAACUGAUCCCGACACAAGGUGGGAUUAUUGUCCGGUGCUGGACAUUAAUUGUGGGAUUCCGCCUACUUUAUCGACACCAUCCACCAUGGUAGGUGCCGAGGUGACAAUAAAGAAUCCUCAUAUGAGCUCUGAUGUGUUGGCGUGGUACCAGUGUCUCUCGCUGAGUGGAGACGAGCCUAUACGAAGUUGUCCCGUGACACGAUGUGAGAGCCUUGUGUGGUCGAAGGCAAACAUUUCAUGUUCAGUGAAGGAUUGUUAUGACGCCCAUAACAAUUCCUAUGAAGGGCAAGUAUCCUGCACAGGAUUGGGUAUCACUUGUCAGCGAUGGGACAGCAAUUAUCCACAUUUUCACCAUGCACUCCAGGGGCGUAGUGACCUUGAGAACUGGUGUCAAAUGGAAGGAGAGUCGAGACCGUGGUGUUAUACUACAGAUCCAAGUAUCAGAUGGGAGUUCUGCUCAGUCAUUGAAUGUCCGUAA